AUGUUCCUGAACCAACGCUAAAAGAAGAUCAAGUUUUAAUUGAAAUAAAGGCUAUUGCUUUAAAUUUCUUUGAUAUUUUACAAGUUCAAGGAAAACAUCAAGCUAAACCAUCUUUUCCAUUUAUUCCUGGAGGUGAAGCAGGAGAUCGAGUUUUUGGUAGUAGUUUGGGAUGCUUUGCAGAACGAAUUGCUAUUUCAUGUGAAAAUGUUCAUUUAAUACCUGAUCAUGAUAUGAGUUAUGAAGAAGCUGCUGGUAUAUUUGUUACUUAUCCUACAAGUUAUGCUGGUUUAGUCGUUAGAGGAAAUUUAAAAAAAGCAGCUGGAGGUGUCGGUAUAGCUGCUGUACAAAUAGCAAAGAUAGCAAAGGAAUAUGGAGCAGAUUAUGCUAUAAAUUAUAAAGAAAAUAAAGAUUGGUAUAAAGAUGUACUUAAAAUUACCAAUGGUCACGGCGUAGAUGUUGUUUACGACCCUGUUGGAAUGAUUCAGCCUUCCAUAAAAUGUAUUGCUGGUAACAUUGAAAAGAUUCCAAUGAAUUUGGUUCUACUGAAAAAUAUUUCGUUAACUGGGUUGCAUUGGGGCGAGUAUUCAAAACAUGAUGAACAAGAAACAAUUCAAAUGGUUUGGAAUGGAAUUUUUGAUUUGCUUAAAAAGAAAGAAUUAAAACCUUUAAUUUACAAUAAAAUAUACUAUGGAUUAGAAAAUAUUAAAGUGGGUUUGAACGAUAUUGCAGCUAGAAAAACUUUUGGUAAAGUAAUUGUUAUACCUCAUCAACAAUCACAACAAACAAAAAGUAAACUUUAG